CAUUACCUCAUUUAUCCGUAACCAUAACCGAACUUUUAGAUUUUAAUUUUAUUUACAACUAUGUCUUCGUUGUUGUCUCAUUUGUCAAUCCGCCCUGCAAAACCGUUAAAUGUUAACGGUUUUGCCAGUAGAAUUUCACCUUCUUUAGCUCUACGAACAAGUCAACCGAUUGUUCUUUCAGUUGAAAAUAAGCCGGAGAAGAUACGAGUUGAAUUCUCCGGUAAACGGUUGAGGUUUUCCUGGUGGGAUCAAACCUUGACACGUCGGGGUUCUAUUGGAAUCCCAGUGAUUAAAGCUGCAGCGGAUGGCGCGGAUGGUGGUGAUCAGGAGACUAAGAUUUCUCAAGGGUUAUCAAUAGCCGAGCCUCCCAAGAGCUUUCUUGAACGACACCCGGCUCUGGUUACGGGAUUCUUUUUCUUUACAUGGUACUUUUUAAAUGUUAUAUUCAACAUACUCAACAAGAAGGUCUACAAUUACUUCCCAUACCCUUACUUUGUUUCGGUUGUUCAUCUUCUAGUUGGCGUUGUAUAUUGUCUCAUCAGUUGGUCAAUCGGCCUCCCUAAACGCGCACCAAUUAACAUGGAUCAACUCGGGCUUCUCACGCCCGUUGCAGCUUGUCAUGCUCUUGGACAUGUCAUGUCUAAUGUUUCAUUUGCUGCGGUCGCUGUCUCUUUUACUCAUACAAUAAAAGCUUUGGAGCCGUUCUUUAAUGCUGCAGCUUCGCAAUUUGUUUUGGGCCACCAGAUCCCCCUUGCACUAUGGUUGUCAUUGGCCCCGGUUGUUAUAGGUGUAUCAAUGGCGUCAUUGACCGAACUUUCUUUCAACUGGCUUGGGUUCACAAGUGCCAUGAUUUCCAACAUUUCUUUCACUUAUAGAAGCAUUUAUUCAAAGAAAGCUAUGACGGGUAUGGAUAGCACAAAUGUGUACGCCUACAUAUCGAUUAUCGCUCUCUUGUUUUGCCUCCCACCAGCAAUACUUAUCGAAGGACCCAAACUAAUGCAAUACGGGUUCAAGGACGCGAUAGCCAAAGUCGGAAUCAUUAAAUUCGUCUCCGACUUAUUCUGGAUCGGGAUGUUUUACCAUCUAUACAACCAGAUUGCUACCAACACUCUAGAGCGAGUCGCCCCACUUACUCAUGCUGUAGGAAACGUAUUGAAACGCGUUUUCGUGAUCGGUUUCUCCAUCGUUGUGUUUGGUAAUACGAUCUCCACACAAACAGGAAUUGGUACUGCAAUUGCUAUUGCUGGUGUUGCAAUCUACUCAUUCAUCAAAGCUCGUAUUGAACAGGAUAAAAGGUUUGGUAUAGCUGCCUACCAAAGAGCGUUAAAUGCGAAGAUAAACCAUGACAUUAUCUCUACCUACACAAAUUCUCGGUCGACUAAAUCCACCACAUCUCUAGGUUUAGACAACUGAGAAGGGGAAUGCUCCUGUUGAACUGAUAACUUCAUGUCCGCAUUGUUAUAAGCAAACUCGAUGUGGGCCAGUGUUGUGUCCCACAUUUUUGGCUUAUUCCCAUACAAAUAAUGAAUCAUAUUGCCUAGCGUGUGAUUAACCCCCUUUGUUUGACCGUUAGAUUGUGGAUGACGGUAUUGUUGAAGUCAAGGUUUGUGCCAAAGCACCUCCAUAGGCUUAGCUAGAAAUGAGCAAGUAAUUUGCUAUCCUGAUCGAGAGUGAUGGACUUUGGCAUUCCAUGUAAAUGAACCACUUCCUGAAAAAAACAAUUUUGAGACAUGAAUAACAUUAGAACUCUUUUGGCAUGGAAUGAAGCGGGCCAUUGUAGAGAAACAAUCCAUUACCACAAACACCGAAUCUACCAUGCUCCCUGCAUUGAGUCCGAAGGAGGCCUAA